GCGAUCAAGGCGUGUGAUCAAUACUGACCAAACACACCCAACAUAUGAGCGGUGGGGAAGGGGGUCUGGCUGCCACGGGCAGGGAAUACGGCUAGGGCUUGCAGGCCUGCUCUAAGCUAGAGGGUUUACUGAAGAAUGGGCAUGCUUCUAAUGACCGGUUGUUCUAUAGAAUAGGGCCACUAUCUAGUGGGGAAUUAUCAUGGAUAUCGCAUACGGUAUCAAGAUUCGCACUUCCGACGAUCAGUACGUCUCCAUCGUCGCGGAAGCAGUGCAUGGACUUUCCGUUGCGAGUGUUCCCGGGGCGUUUCUCGUCGAUAUCAUCCCCCCUCUCAAGUACAUCCCGAGGUGGGUCCCCGGAGCAGGGUUCAAGCGAGAGGCGCAGAAGUGGUGCAAAGCAACCAUGGAUGCCGUGGAGAUGCCCUUCAGCGAGACGAAGCGCAUGAUGUCCGCGGGUACGGCAUCCGCGUCGUACUCUUCCCUGCAUCUGCGCACUCUCGAGGAUCCGUCUUCGACUCUAUCGCCGAACGCCAAGAUCGCACACGAAGAGGUCGUCAAGUACACCGCGGCCGCGAUGUACGUUGCAGGUGUCGACACGGUGGUCUCGGCGCUGGGCACAUUCGUCAUCGCGAUGCUGCUGUAUCCCGACGUUCAACGCGCGGCGCAGCAGGAAAUUGACGAAGUCUGGGGGCACGGGAAUUUGCCAGACUUUAGCGAAGACGCCGAGGAGCGGAUGCCGUACCUUGCAGCUUUGAUCAAGGAAGUCCUCAGAUGGCGCAACAUCACGGCCGUGGCAAUUCCACAUCAGAGCGAAGCGGAGGACGAGUACAAGGGCUACCGGAUCCCCAAGGGCUCGGUAGUUAUCGGGAACACCUGGGCGAUUUUACAUGACGAGGUUCGAAUGGACUCGCACACUCUAAUCUCUCCGGCUCAUGAUCGAAAACAGGAGAUGUACCCAGACCCAGAUACAUUCAAGCCUGAGCGAUUCUUACAGAACGGCAAACUCAACAAAGACAUCCGCGACCCCGAGGCGUUCAUCUACGGCUACGGUAGAAGAAUUUGCCCGGGCCGAUACAUGGCUUCCAACUCGCUAUGGCUUACCAUCGGAUCCCUGCUGUCUAUGUUUGACUUUGUCAAGACGGAGGGAACGCAGGACGAAGGUCAGUAUGGGUGGUUCUGGGGCCUCAUCUCAACCCCGCUGCCGUUCAAGUGCACAAUGCGGCCCCGCUCAGAUCAGACCGUUGCUGCGAUACGCGCGACAGAGAUUUAGCGCUUUGCAAGUGAAGUAGUAAGGCCGUUCAAUAGUAGCGUAGGUCGUUGCAACGAAGUAAGUACAAACAAAUCAUCACCUUGGUGAAACCCGAAACUGGGAAUGCUAUUACUGAUCAGAUUAGCGCCGGGGCUGGAAAAGUUUGCCAGGAUCGAGGACAAAACGUGGGAGAGAGGCUUGAAAUAUGUAUACUGAAAAAUGUUCAUGUAGACGAAGACAGGCCGUAAGUCCUCAGUCGCACCCGAUAUGAUGGUAAGACUCAAUAUUGUACCUGUAGACGAAGAUAGGCCGUAAGUC